AUGCUUCUUGCCCUCGUAAUCAAGAUCUACAUUACUGUCAAAAGCUGGCACGAUAAACCGUGGCUCCAUAGAAAUCAAUGGGGCAACGUCAAAUACCUCUCCUCCAGCCUCGUCCUCAAAAUCGCCAGGGACAAUGUCGCAGCUGAAGCCGACACUAUUUCUUUCAUCCGCUCAAAUACAAGUAUUCCAGUUCCGCAUGUCAUUGCAUCUGACCGCGCCUUUGGAAAAACUUAUAUGCUUAUGCGGAGGGUUAAUGGCAUGCCACUCCAAUUCGCGUGGCGUGAUCUAAAUGCUGAACAACGCACCAAUGUCAUUGAACAACUGCGUUCUUUCGUCGCCCAGCUGCGAACCCUGUCACCCACUCUAUCCCGCCGGCACAGUGUUGGUGCUGUAUGUGCUCUCAAUAAUGCCCCACUUUCGGACAGCCGCAUUGCUUCAGCGCCUGUUGGCCCUUUCCCUAACGAACGUGCUUUCAACGACCACCUCAUCGUCGUCGCGGAGCCAUACAUGGACGAGACGACUCUACCCUCGAUACGUGCGCGCAUGUCUGAUGACCACCGUAUUUGCUUCACCCACGGCGACCUCACUCCUCGCAAUAUCUUCGUUCAAGGAGGCAACGUCACCGCCAUUAUCGACUGGGAGGAAUCUGGGUGGUACCCAGAACACUGGGAGUUUGUCAAGGCCCUGUGGUGCACACUGAAGGAUCCUGAAUGGCUUUGUGCGGUACGUUAUAUUGUGGCGGAUGACUUCGAGAGGGAAUGGAUGCUUGACCGAGAGCUAUCUGAUCACAUGGUGGGCGCGUUCUGA